UUUCACUACUUGACUGUUGAGCGCGUAAAGCAAUAUUCGCAUAAAAAAUGUUUGAAAUGUGGGAUUAUUACUUUUGGAAAUUGGUGCUCAUUACCAGCAGCUUGAUUGCUGCCUUCGAGGUAAUAUGGUUAGCCUACCAGUUGGUGUGCAAGUGGCGCAAGGAUCGCAUGCAAGAGGUGCUCAUAUUCAAUGAGCUGGGCGCCGUAUGUGCCAAAGAACACCUCAGGUUUAGCCUAAUAGGUCGAGUGUUCUAUUGUACAAAUGAGAAUUGCUCUCAGAAAUACGUGAACCGCAUUAUCGACAAUUUGAAUAACGCCAAAUUCAGCAUUGACCUGGCCAUGUAUUCCAUCGGCUCCAUCGGGAUGGUGUCCGCUUUGAUGAACGCCUUGCUCCGCAAUGUUGUCGUACGUAUUAUUGUCAGUCAACGGAACGCAACACUCUCCUGUGUGCUCCUUGAUCUCGUUGACCGUGGCGCCCAACUGCGCUGCCAGGAUUGCGAUAACUUUAUGCAGCACAAGUUCUGUGUGAUCGAUGAGCAAGGGCGGGUCAAUCGCAUUAGGAAUAAGAAGCGCAAGAACGGACCAAAGACCCACGGCGUGCUCAUGAAUGGCUCCCUCAACUGGACAGAUAGCGGCUUCUGUGGCAACUGGGAAAAUGUCGUCAUCACAACCAAUGCAGAAGUAGUCCAAGCAUUCCAAGAAGAAUUCGAUCGCAUGUGGAUUGCGUUCUCCACUAAAACUAAAUUCUAUUGACUCCAUGACAAUAAGCAUAGAGACUGCAAAACAGAUACACAUAGUUAU